AUGACGGAGUGGACGCUCCUCAAACGUCUCCUGGACGCCGUCCACCAGCACUCCACCAUGAUUGGACGCCUCUGGCUCACCGUCAUGGUGAUCUUUCGCCUCCUCAUCAUUGCCGUGGCGAUUGAGGACGUGUACGCCGACGAGCAGGAGAUGUUUGUGUGCAACACCCUGCAGCCGGGCUGCGCCACUGUCUGCUAUGACGCCUUCGCCCCCAUCUCACAGCCGCGCUUCUGGGUCUUCCACAUCAUCAGUGUCUCGACUCCAUCUCUCUGUUUUAUCAUAUAUACGUGGCAUAAUCUGUCGAAGCUGCCGCAGGGACACGGGGGGCUGGAGGCAUUCAACCGGAGCUGCGACUCGGAUAGCUGCUCCAUUCGUUCGCACCGGCACUUAGGUCACAGCUUGGCCAAUGUCUUGGAGGGAAUCACUGCCCAGAGGGGUCCUGGAGGUGGAGGAGGAACCAGAGGCGUCCUUUCCAAGUACUAUGUGUUCCAUGUGUGUUUCCGGGCGCUGCUGGAGGUGGGGUUUGUCAUGGCUCAAUCGUUUCUCUUCGGCUUCUGCGUGCCCGUCCACUUUUUGUGCAAGGCCGCGCCCUGCACGCAGCCCGUGGACUGCUACGUGUCACGGCCCACGGAGAAAACCAUCUUCCUCCUCUUCAUGUUCUGCGUGGGGGUCUUCUGCAUCCUCCUCAACCUUCUGGAGCUUAAUCAUCUAGGAUGGAAGAAGAUCAAACUCUCAGUGAGGCUCAAGGAGGGCGGAUCAAGGGGUAAUUAUGGGACUUUCGCUCCCGACAGCCCCUCACUGACGUCCUCUCUCGGGCUUAGGGACGUCACCAGUACGACGUUGCUACCGACCUUGGAUCUGGUAGUCGACCACCGGCCUGACUGGACCUGUGCGGGGAACUGUCCCCCAUUUAAUAAGGAGCCUGAGGCUGGGAUAGAGACAGGGCUGCAGCUUCCCAACAACCAGGAGCUCCAGAGAGCAGAGACACAGGUUCUGAAGAGCAAGGGGGAGGGCUGGGAAUCCAAGCUACGCAGUACGGAGGUCUGGAUAUGAUUGAACGAACGGAAAUGCUGUAUAGUGCUUUGGCAUUAUUCCAUGACAACUACUAGGGAAUGACUUUUGCUACACUGUAUUUGAAAGUCCAUACAGAUGAUACUGUGGUACUCAUCACUGGUAAUGUUGUUUCCCAAGAAAAUAGAGAAAAUACACCAAACAGAGUACCUGAGUGCCUGAGGUGUGGAUAUGAGCGAACAUUUGAUCAAGCUUCCCUCAGCACUGUGCUGUUUAGAACUGUGGUUCUCAAGCAUUUAUGACCCACCAAAACCUUUAGGAAUAGUGACUCAUUUUUACUGACUCAAAAUGAUUGACUAUAAAGCAAGAAGAAAUAGAACUCGUUCCAGCCACAACCCAAAAUAAUUCAGCCCUCACCUGCCAUUUGGGAAUCACUGGUCUAUAGACAUGAUAUACUUGGUGAGUCUUAAAAUCUGAAAUCCACUAAAAGGAUGAAAAUGUACAUUUUCCACCAAUGUUGUACUGUACCAGGUCAGUUGUAUGCUUGUCAAUUGUUCUUUAUGUGGAACAUUUAACAUCGUAGCAGGGCUCUGAGCCCUCUGUUAUGAGGGCUAUUUAUAUAUUUUGUAUAUUUCAAUUGAAAGUCAAUUCCAUUUCCACUCAAGUCUAUUCAGGAAAGGAAUUCAUUGUCCAUCACUUUCAAUGCUUUUUUGUUUGUUU